GCAAGAUCGCAUGCAUUUUGACUCAGGAAUCAGUCCAUGAUGAUGUAUAGAAUUGAAACUGUAUCAUUCAGUAUUCUGUAACAUUUAUCUAGACUUUCUUCUAUGACAUUCCCAGUUGUAAUUACAGCGUGUACGCGUUGCAGGGUAGACCCAUCAUUCAGGACCUGAAAAGGCUCGACAUUCACCGGAAAGAAGCUGAGAGCGCGCCACAGAUAGAACCAGAUGAAGAGUUGCUGCCCAUUGUGCCUGUGGACACAGGCGGACCUAAGGUGGUGUCUGAGAUCUACGAAAGUUGCGCACGGCAGGCAUGUUUUGGGCGGUCAUGGACUAGCUGGACGGUUUUAGUGAGAACAACCGCACCUCUACAGUAAACACCCACCAUGAGCAACCUACAAUGGGACCCGCCUCUCGCGGAAAACGCUUCCUUCUUUACAGAUCAAUGGAACAGCUCCACGUACCCGUUCCAAGACCCUGAGUUUUCAGGUGCCAAAAGACCCAACGGUUCCUCCCUGGUGUACGUCGGUGCUAUGGCUAUCCUGUACGACUUCCCUGAGAUCGCCAUUCCCACCCUCAUGACGUACUCCAUGACGUUUACGUUUGGCGUCACCGGCAAUGCCAUGAUUAUCAUCGCCGUGAUCCGCUUCUGCUGCCUGAAGACAGCCACGAACUACCUGACCAUGAGCCUGGCAGUGGCCGACCUUCUGGUGUCGCUCAUCUGCGUACCUUUCAGAACGGCAGAGCUGUUCUUGUCCUACUGGCCGCUAGGUGGCGUGAUGUGCAAGCUGCUGAGUUACAUCCGGGCGGUGACCACGUUGGCGUCCAUACUGACCCUGACCGCCAUUUCUUUGGAAAGAUGGUACGUCGUGAUCCGACCGAUGCAGGCCCGCUCAGUGUGCACUCCGGGCUGGGCGUACCGCGUCAUCGCUUGCGUGUGGAUGCUGUCUCUCUCCCUCAGCACACCUACACUCUAUGCCAUGCGGCUGGUGGGCUACAAGUGGCCGGUGGGUGACACUAUCUACCACUGUCAGGAAAAGUGGCCGCAGAAGUCAUUGUCUGAGAUCUUCUCUGUCUACUUCGCCACGCUGAUAUUCCUGCCGAUGUCCAUCAUGCUGGCAGCGUACAGCUCAACGAUAUACAAGCUGUGGUUCAGCACGCAGACCAUCCAGCGGGACUUCGACAGCGGGUCGUGCCACGUUUGUUCAACUCUGCCCAGACAACAUUCCCCGCUGUCGCUGACGCAAUCCCGAACCGACCGAACCACGCCGAGUUCUGCCGACAAGUCCCGAACCACUCCGACUUCGACUGAAGUCGCCGUGACAUCCGUUAGCAAGGAAGGCGACAAAACGUCAAGCAAUGGCGCCCGAAGAAAGCCGAGCCGCUUCCUCUUCGACAGAGAAUCGGUGGAAAGAUAUCUCGAACAGGGCAACAAUGUACCAACAUCGCACGGAAACGCAAAGUCAUAUUUCACGAAGAGGAAAAAACGACCAAGUGACACAACGCCAACACCCCUUACCGCUAGAUCUACCGCUUCAGUGGAGGCCGGGCGGCGGAACAUGCGCAGACCUGUGCAGGGGAAAGUCUCCAACUUCCGUGAGAUCAUCCGAGAACGGAAACAGGUAGUCCGCAUGAUGCUGACCGUGGUUCUCCUGUUCCUGGUGUGUUGGGGUCCGCAUGUGGUGCUAGGCGUGCUCCUGAAGUUCGGCUUAGUGAACCCGUUCACUCAGGAGGUGUACGCCAUGAAGAUCGCCUUCCGCUUACUCAGCUACCUGAACAGCUGUCUCAACCCGUUCUGUUAUAACUUCAUGUCUAAAAAGUUCCGCCGCAGUUUUAAACGACUGCUGCCGUGUGGCUGCAAGGGCUCAUAGCAACAUGAACACACUCUUAUACUGCUACCAGCUGUCAGCCGAUCAGAGAAUCCGCCUACCUAAAGAAAUCACAUAGGUAAUUCUCUGAUUGGCUGACAGCCUCAACCCGCGUUCUCUUACAACUUCAUGUUCAGAAAGUUCCGCCGCAGCUUUAAACGGCUGCGCAGAGUCCGUGUGGCUGCAAGGGUUCAUAACAACAUAAACAGACGACUUUUUAGUCUUCGUCCAACCAGAGAAUCGGCCUUACCUAAAGAAGACAUUUGGGCGGUUCUCUGGCUGACAGCCUCAACCCGCGUUCUGUUACAACUUGAUGUCUAAGAAGUUCCGCCGCAGCUUUAAACGACUACUUCCGUGUGGCUACAAGGGUUCAUAGCAACAUGAACACACGGCUUUAUACUGGCUUAUACUCAUCGUAGAGUGGAAUUUGUUAUCACCAAACACAGUAGGGGUAUCUUCUCUGGAUAGUUUUAAAGAAUGCUUAAUUGCAUAUAGAUGUGCAAAAGUUAGGUGUGACGGGUCGUUCAGUGUAAUAUAAUCAGCUGCUGCUGCGUCGCGUUCCUGCGAAGCUGGUGUGUUACGCCGAAGGGCGGUUAUACCAGCUAAAGUAUAUAGAUACAGAU